CUUCCGGCGCUUUGGUGAUGUUUACACCCCCUCGCACACCCAUUGGCUGGCGCCGGGGGUUGCCAUGGAGACUGCGGCUCCCAGCAGCACCCGCCGCUCAGCUGCUUCCGGAGACGUGUCUGAGGCGGGGAGAUGGCGGCCGGAACGGGCUCCGCCGGGCAGGGCGGCGACGCCGACGAGCUGUUCGACGUGAAGAACAGCUUCUACAUCGGGGCCUACCAGGCCGCCAUCAACGAGGCGCAGCGGGUCAAGCCUUCCAGCCCGGAGAAGGAGGUGGAGAGGGAUGUUUUCUUGUUCCGAGCCUACAUCGCCCAGAGAAAAUACGGUGUUGUCCUGGAUGAGAUUAAAGCCAACGCCUGUCCUGAGCUCCAGGCAGUGAGGAUGUUUGCAGAAUAUCUUUCAAACGAGAAUCAAAGGGAUGCAAUCGUUGCCGAUUUGGACAAGAAAAUGGCAAAAAGUGUCGAUAUAGCCAAUACGACGUUCUUGCUGAUGGCUGCUUCCAUUUAUUUCCAUGACAAAAAUCCUGACGCGGCUCUGCGUGCUCUGCACCAAGGGGAAAGCUUGGAAUGCAUGGCCAUGAUGAUACAGAUUCUGCUGAAGCUCGACAGGCUCGAUCUGGCUCGCAAGGAACUCAAGAAGAUGCAGGAGCAGGAUGAGGACGCGACUCUUACUCAGCUGGCGACUGCCUGGGUGAACCUGGCCGUGGUGAGUGUCUCAGGUGGAGAUCCCUCACCCACAGCAUCUGAGGAACACCGCUCCUCAUCGCUCCCUCCACAUUGCGCUUUCCACAAAAACAUGCAGGGUGGUGAGAAGUUACAAGAUGCCUAUUACAUCUUCCAAGAGAUGGCAGACAAGUGCUCCUCCACCCUCCUCCUGCUCAACGGCCAGGCCGCCUGCUACAUGGCACAGGGCAAGUGGGACGACGCGGAGGGAGUGCUGCAGGAGGCCUUGGACAAGGACAGCGGCCACCCUGAGACCCUCAUCAACUUCGUUGUCCUGUCGCAGCACUUGGGCAAACCACCAGAGGUUACAAAUCGCUAUUUGUCACAGUUGAAAGAUGCGCAUAAAAAUCAUCCGUUCAUAAAGGAGUAUCAAGCAAAGGAGAAUGACUUUGAGCGGCUCGCCAUGCAGUAUGCGCCCAGCGCCUGAGGAGAGCGGAGCGAGCCUCGGCCCUCUGGAACCUCAGCAGCCGGGGCUGAUGCUCAAAGCCUCUCUGGUAAUGGGGAAAAACACCCUUUGCAAGUUGGUCUGGCUUAACUUGCUGUGGCAGGGUUUUGGGGGCCAGGAAGCCCGUGCUGCACCUGUAUAGAACACAUAGCUACUUGAUUUUUGGUAUCUGAAAAGCCUGCAUUGUGGCUCACCUGGGUCCUGAGCUCUGUUUAAAAUACAGUGUGAAUCCAGAGAAUACAACACUGUACCUUAAACGUUCCUAAUAAAGCCUUUUCUGGA